UCGGUUUUGAUCGCGAACGAUCGGUCACAGCUCACAAGAACAAGUCGAGUCUCGUGCAGCAACAGUACCAAGGUUUCUAGUUGGAGAUUUGAUGUUUUGAUAAGCACUGAGAAUGAAACUUCUGCAGUUGGCCUUCUUCGUGGUACUGGGUGCUUUUGUGCUUGCUUUACUGAGCGCGGAUACGGCCGAAGGACGACGAAUACGCCGAAUCUGUCGUCGGCGUCAUGGACGCCUGCGCUGCCGACGGGUUGUCAUCCAUCAUCAUCGUCGGCCAUCAACGAUAAUCGACGAGACGUCGUCCACUGAAGAAGGAAAAGCUUCGUCAGCUGGAACGCCAGAGGGGCCAGAUUCCGGUAGUGAGUCGGUGAAAUCACCUAAGAAAUCGAAGAAACCGUCGGACGGAGCCGAUUCCAACACCGAUUCAUCGAAAUCCGGAGAAUCGCCAAAGGACGGCCAAGACGGCGGUUCGAGUACCGAUAAUGCGGGGACACCUGAAGGAAACAGCGAAUCGCAGUCAAAGGGCGGAGGAAAGAAAGCCGGGAAAUCCAAAGGCGGAAAAAAAGCGGACAAGGACAGUUCGGAUCCGAGCGAUGCUGCGUCUGGGCCCUCAGAGGGAUCCGACAAAAGUGGAGAGGCGAAAUCGAAAGGUGGCGCUACCGAUGCGGGCACGGAACCUGAUGCUGGCGCUGAUUCUUUCGGCUCAACGGCUGAGCCAAGCAAGAAAAAGGGAAAGAAAGGUGGUGGAGAAAAGGCAGCUAAGAAAAAGGGAUCAUCUCGAACCAAAGGUCAGGCAGGGAAAUCGGCGGAUGAUGAGCAAAGUUUGGAUAAUGCUGAUAGUCAUUACAGUUGGUCUGGAUCGUCCGUCAGCAUCUGACGCAGGAAGUUGAUAAUAAUACGGCAGAAUGUUUUAGCGGUUUUAUUAAUAUGUGAACGCUUCUGUGUCUCAU